AGCAGCGGUAGCGACAGCGACGGCGACAGCUCCAAAGCUCCCCACAGCGGCGUCAUUGGAGCACGAAGCACCGACGUCAAUCAACAACCGCCAUUGCGCCCACCCUUGCCGACCUUGCCUUUCUCACUCCUUGCUGUCGCUAGGAGAUGUAGCCAUGGCCUUUCAGGUUCGUUUGCGCAUGCCCCUACUGCUGCUCUCCGCAAGCCGACGAUCACUAACAAACAACCCUGGGAGCAGUGGAAGGCAUUCGACUUCUUCGACGUCAGCCAGGUCCGACUCGCCGACGAGGAGACCCGAGUCUUCUUCGAGAGCAACGAGAUUGCUAGCGUCUGCUCUGGUUCCGACAGUCUAUUCCUUGGUGGUUACGAUGGAUAUGUGCGAAUCGUUGGGUCGGGUUGGAAGGUGGUGAAGAGCUUCCAGGCUCACGAGCUCGGAACAAUUACACACAUGCGCCAGAUCGAGGGAACGAGCCUCCUUGUUACAGUCGCUGAGGACCUCAGUAGCGAGCCGGUCUUGAAGAUAUGGGCCCUGGAUAAGCUGGUGAAGAAGACAAACAUGCCGACAUGUCUGAGCACUUUGCAGAUCAAUAAUGGCAGGAAGCAGUUUCCGAUCUCAGCUAUUGAUGUUCUCGACAACCUUACCCAAGUAGCAGUCGGCUUUGCAAACGGCACGGUGACCCUCAUCCGAGGCGACUUGAUCAACGACUUGGGCGCCAAACAAAGAACGGUGCACGAUUCGGAAGAACCUAUCACUGGUGUGGAGCUCAUGACGGACGCCCAAGAUGUUACGACUCUGUUCAUCUCAACAACGGCUCGAAUUCUGAAGCUUGGCAUUUCGAGGAGGGGUCACAGCUCUCCGCCCAAGACUGUAGAGGACAUGGGAUGUCACGUUGACUGUAUGACGGUCGACAAGAAGACAGGAGACGUUGUAGUGGCCCGGGAGGAUGCCAUCUACACCUACACUUUGGAGGGUAGAGGAGCGCCGCGUGCGUACGAGUCGCCAAAAAGGCUGGUUUCGAUCUACCAAGAUUACGUUGCCCUGGUAUGCCCACCAUCAUCUUCUACUACCGAAAAAGCAACCGACGCUAUGCGCCGCCGCUUCGGAGGCGGAGGCGGAGCAGCGGACGCGCUCUUCAACGCGUCAACGUUCGUUCUCCUCGAGCCGGACCUCAGGGUACUCGGCCACACACAGUCUCUGAUCUCGCCGUUCAAAGCCAUAUUUCAGAUCUGGGGCGAUCUCUUCGUCCUCACACAAGACGGCAAGGUCAACCGGUACCACGAAAAGUCACUGCAACAGCGCCUAGAAAUGUUGUAUCAACGCAACAUGUACCCAUUAGCCAUCGAGCUGGCACAAAAAUCGCAGCUCGAUGCGACACAGCAAAGCGGCAUCUUCCGACGCUUCGGUGACCACCUCUAUCAAAAAGCUGAUUACGACGGAGCCAUGGUCCAAUACAUCAAAGCGAUCGAUACGACCGAGCCAUCCCAGGUCAUCAGGAAGUUCCUCGAUACCCAAAGGAUACACAACCUAAUACAGUAUCUCGAACAGUUGCACGAACAUCGCAAGGCAACGUCUGAUCACACCACAUUGCUCCUGAACUGUUAUGCCAAGCUCAAAGAUAUCGAUAAGCUGGAGGCAUUUAUCAAAUCCCCCGGUGAUUUGAAGUUUGACCUUGAAACUGCCAUUACUAUGUGUAGGCAGGGAGGCUACUACGAACAAGCUGCCUAUCUUGCCAAGAAACAUGGCGAAACUGAGCUGGUCGUGGACAUACUGAUAGAGGACUCCAAGUUGUAUAAUGAGGCUCUGAAUUUCAUAUGGCAUCAAGACCCGGAAGUGGCAUUCCCUUGCCUCAAGAAGUAUGCCAGAGUCCUGAUAGAGAACUGUCCAAAGGAUGCGACAACAAUCUUUGUUGACUACUACACUGGCAAAUACAGGCCGAGGCUUCACUUAGUGCCAAUUGAAGGCAACGGAGAGGCUGUCGUAGCAGGCGGCAUGGUGGCAGGUGCGGCAAAUGCGGUCCAGAAUCUAUCCAACUUUCUGCCUUUGCCAUACAUGAAUACGUCUUCUCUCCAAAGCCCCUCCACACCAGGCAACGGAACAUCUAUCAACGGUGGUGCUCAAAUCAUCUUGAACCCCGAAGAUAUUCCUCCACCGAAAUACACCCCUCCACCUCCAAGAACGGCUUUCUCAUCCUUCAUAGACCACCCAGACGAGUUCAUUGUCUUCUUGGAGGCGUGCUUGGAGGAGAAAGGUCUCAAGGAAAGCGACAGGACAGACCUAUACACUACACUCUUUGAGAUGUACCUACACAAAUCAAAUGAGAAGAAGGGGGAGCAGCAUCGCGAAGAAUGGGAGAACAAGGCCAAGAAACUCAUCGAAGGAGAGGACAUUCCGAUGGAGAGCUCCAACGUCCUUUUGCUUUCGCACCUUUCAGAUUUCAAGGACGGCACAACGCUAGUCAAGGAGCAAUCCGGCCUCCUCUUCGACAUCUUCCGAUCCUACACCUCAGCAAAAGACACACGCGGCGCCAUCAAAGCGCUCCGAAAGUAUGGCCCUGAGGAACCGCAACUGUACCCGGCAGCACUGGCAUAUCUGACUUCCGAUCCCCGAAUCCUCCAGGAAGCCGGCUCAGAGGAGCUUUCCGCCGUUCUCAACAAAAUCGACAAGGACGGCCUCAUGGCGCCGUUGCAGGUCAUCCAGACUCUGGUGGGCCAGUCCGGUUCCUCGGGCGGCGUCGCGACGAUGGGUAUGAUCAAGCCUUACCUCCACGAAACGAUUGAGCGCGAGCGCAAGGAGAUCGCGGCCAACCGGCGUCGCAUCUCGGCCUUCCGCAGCGAGACGGAACAGAAGCGGGCCGAGCUCGCCGACCUCGGCUCCAAGCCGGCCGUGUUCCAGUCGACGCGCUGCGCCGUCUGCACGGCGCCCCUCGACCUGCCCGCGGUGCACUUCCUCUGCAAGCACAGCUUCCACCAGCGGUGCCUGCGCAGCGAGGGCGAGUGCCCGCAGUGCGCCAAUGACAACGCGACGAUCCGCGCGCUGCGCAGGACGCAGAUUGAGACGGCGGGGAAGCAUGAGCUGUUCAAGGCCGAGCUGGAGCGCAGCGAGGAUCGGUUCGCGACGGUGGCUGAGUGGUUUGGUCGCGGCGUCAUGGGAGCGCCUAAUGCUGACACUGCGUAA